AUGUCUUCCACGGAAUCAAUCAUCAACCGCCUCAAGCAGUGGUCCAGCUGCGACGCAAGUCCACCCACUAUACCAGAAAUGCGUAUGUGGCCAGCUCUCACUGACACUGACCAGAUUUCCGAUGGCCUGUCCAAGCUAGGACACGCCCACGGUGGUUUUCUUGAGGGCAUCAAUCUGUACUCGCCUGAAUAUCAGAUGGGCGACACCAAGAUCGUCGGCCCUGCCUUCACGGUCAAGUUUGAGCCCAAGUCUAACACGUCUGCUCCCAAGGUCAAGGGCAACUAUAUUGAUCAAAUCCCGAAAGAUGCCGUGGUCUUUAUCUCUCAACCUGCUCCCCAUAUCAAUGCCUGUUAUGGGGGCCUGAUGUCGCUAAGAGCCAAGCACCUGGGUGCAGCGGGCGUGGUCAUUGAUGGAUCCGUCCGAGACCUUCAAGAGCACCGCGACCUCAACUUCCCUCUCUUUGCACGAACUCACGGAACAACGGCCGGCGGUGCCGUCUGCUUCCCCUCGCAGGUCAACGUUUCUGUCCAGCUACAAUCAUCGAUUCAAGAGGCCACUAUUAACCCUAGCGAUUACAUAAUUGCGGAUAAAGACGGCGUUGUUGUCUUACCUUCCGAUCUGGCUGAGAAGGUGUUGGAAAUUGUCCCUACUGUUGUUUCGGCUGAUGAGAAGUGCGCCGAGGCCAUUCGUGGAGGCAUGUCCGUAGAGGAAGCCUUUGACAAGUUCCGUGGGAAGAAAUAA